AUGUCCGACUACGACCUGCCGACAAACCUUGCACGUCCAAAGACUUCCGCGGUCCUGACUCUGCGGAUAAUCAAGUCCUUCGAGUUCCGGACAGAGAAGAAUCUUGUCCUGAAGGAUGUGAAUCUCGAGAAGGUGACGGUUGGUGAACUGAAGGAGAUGGCACGGCAAGCCAUUCAGACGCAGCCUGGAUGGAAGCCAUAUCGUACUGUUCACUAUGAUACGUUAAAGCUCUAUACAAAGGCACAUGGAGCCAAGACGAGUAAUCUGAUCAUAAAUCUCGACCAUGAUGACUGGAUAUUGGACGACGACUCGAAAACCCUUGCAGAGUGUGGGUUCGAGAAUGAAACCGAAGUCAGCUUCUUCAACAGAGAACUGUACGAACAGUUCAAGGCGCAUCCGGAGACCCGUUGGGAAGCCGAAAAGUGCUGA